AUGGUGCAUUACAACAACAUAAUCACAGUAACACGAUCAGUGACCUUACUGUUUCAAAUCUCAUUCCUACCUACACUGUAUUUAGCAAAACAAAAAAACUAUCUGACCCUUAGACAUGGCUUCUUUCUCUGUCACUCCCUUUUAUUUCUUCCAGCUAUUUGCAGCCCCGUAUUUACUGAAGACUGGAAGGCUAAAGUCGUACCAGAACUUGAUGCCCUAGUUACAUCAUGUGUUGCGAUACCCUGUUCAUUCACCUAUCCUAAAGAUAAUCUGCCCAGCUCCAAACUCAGAGGGAUUUGGCAUCUUUCAGAUCCUCCAACUAGCCUGGUGUAUCAUGAGGAUCAGACAAGGGUCUUGGACAACUUUAAAGGUCGCACACGUUUGUUGGGAACCCUGGGUCAGAACAACUGCACCUUAGAAAUGACAGAAGUUAAAGAUCAUGACAGUGGACCUUUCUGUUUCCGGAUUGAACUAGCAAAGACAAAUGAACCCACCCGUGACAAGUUCUCCUUUGUUGAGGAUUGUGUCACCUUGAAAAUGCUCCAUGAACCUCCAACUCCUACACUGACUAAACCAGACACAGCCACUGUGGGACGUUCCUACACUGUCACCUGUUCAGUCAAACACACCUGUUCCUCACAUCAGCCUACACUCACAUGGAGUAGAAGCACCGAUGUGGACGUUAAGUCCUACAGAGAAAUUCAUUCUGGGAACUGGGAGGUACAAUCCACCCUGACGUUCACUCCUGAGGAGAAGGAUGACCAUGAAGACAUCACAUGCACAGCCACAUUUAAUGGAAUGAAGACAUCCACUGCAAAAUUUACACUCUUUUCUUUCCUGUAUUACAGGAUACAUACAUCUGCCUACAGGUGUUAG